AUGGAUUCUCAAUACAUAUCGAACAGUUCGAGGAGUCAAAAUCCUAAAUGGGUCUGUCCAAGUGAUCGUCAAUUGGCACUACGAGCAAAAUUGAAAACUGGAUGGUCAGUAAAAAGCUUAACUCUAGACGGUGGAUAUAAUGAUUACGCUUGUCAUUCGUCUUGUCCUUCACUUAAUAAUGGAUCUCAAAAGUCAUCAACCGCUUUGACAUCAGAGGAACAAAAACGAAUAAUCGAGGUUAUUAAGCGAGCAGAAGUCUUGGAUUUAUCAGAACAAGAACGAGUUGGCAAACUAGUUGAACGUCUUGAUAAUAUGAAGCGCAAUGUUACAGUUGUUAAUACAAGAUCAAGUGAUAAGAGUUGCGGAAAUAGAUGCAUACGUAGUAAGAGAUGUGUUUGUUCUUGUGCUCUAUGUGGCGAAAAAUUUACUGUCCUUGGAGGUGGAUCCAUUUUAUGCAAAGAUUGUUGCAAAUAUGUUUGCAAAAAAUGUGGAGUUGAGACGACAAUAUCAACAGUAGUAAUUAACAAUAAAUCACGGAUAAAAAACAAGCAAUUUUUUACCGCUUCUUCAAUAUCUGAUAUUUCAAUGAUUGAAACAGAAAAUGAUGAGCCAAUUAAAGUAUCUACUAAAAUUUUUUUAUGUCGUAUUUGUACAGAAACACGAGAAAUGUGGAAAAAAAGUGGUGCUUGGUUCUUCAAAAGCUUGCCCAAAUAUAUUUUACCAGAAAAAAAGAAAACUCAGAGUGAGAUUAAAAGCACGUGUAAAAUUUUAAGUAACUCUACUGAACUGAUCGAACAAGAUUCAUCCUCAGACGAGGAUUCUACUCAACCAAAUUUAUUCCUUUCACAUAGUUUGUCUUCAAAUCUUCCCGAUUUAUCUCGAAGCCAAAAUUUUGAUACCAAAAUAGAUAUUGAGAUUCAGCGCAAAAGUGCCACAGCUCUUACUGAGAUUGAUAGAAUGAAGAGUAGUAGUCCACAUAAAUUACAAUUUCAUUUGUCGCCUCAUAACCAAUUGAAUGAACCGUCUAUUUCUUCAUCUUCAACUUUACUUUCAUCUCCUGUAUCAUCAGCAUCUCUUUUAUCACUGACAAAAUCAACAAAUCGUUUGUCAAAACAAAAAGAAAAAUCCCUUUCAAGUAGCAAAAAUUCCAUUUUUUAUACAAAUCUUUCGUCUAAUAGCAGUGAAUCAAUUGACAGUGAAUCAUUAUACAAGAAUGAUAUCUCUUCCAAGUCACCUGUAAAUAGUAAAAAAUCAAAAAAAAAAUCUAAUCGCAGAAAAUUUUUUAAUGACAAAAAAGACUUAAGCGAUUAG